AUAAUUGCUGCUCCCUGAUCGAAGGUGGUCUGCUAAGACAAGUCGCUUUUCGUGUGUCCUGCAGAUAAAAGGACCAGGAGUGAUACAUGUACCUAUGAUGAGAACUUGUGACUUUGCUUAGGCCUGGCAUGGCUUAACCAAUUAAGUGCCUAUCAUAGAGGUCAUAUUAUAUGGAAUACAUUCUUGGAUAAUGUUGUUGGGAUUUGUACAUGGUAUUGAUAGGCAGAGCUCUUGAUAUGAAUGCCUUCCUCAUCUUUGGGAUAGUUAGUGGAUUUCUACCAUUCCAUGUAUAUGGUUCCUGUUUGUUCAAUGGCAUAGAGAUUGCGAAUAAGACCUUGUGGAAGCCUGACCCCUGUUCCGUAUGUUCAUGCCAGAGCCCAGUCACUGUCUGUCAACAGAUCCAAUGCAGCGUGCAGAACUGUGACUUUGCUUCGGGUGAACAUAUGAGGAUACCACCGAACAAAUGCUGCCCAGAAUGUUCAAAGGGAGGACGAUCAUGCUCGGACGCGGGUCAGGUCAUAUCGCACAACACCAAGUGGCAUCCAAAGCCCUGUCAAACAUGUGUUUGCGUGAACAGCGUUGUGACAUGCAAACUUGACGACUGUCCCCAGUUGAUCUGCCCUGAUGGUUCACUCCUACAAAAGUCACCAAACCAGUGUUGUCCGCAGUGCAUUGCUGUUGGCCAUACUUGCCAGCAUGAAGGCAUGGAACACUUAGAUGGAUCUCAGUGGGACGUCAUGCCAUGUGUCAAGUGUCGCUGUCGUAACGGACAUGUGGACUGCUACACCGAGGAGUGCCCGCCAACAGACUGUCCUUUGGGAUUGGUCGAGUACCCUCUCCAUGGAGAGUGCUGCCCGAGAUGCCGCCAACAGGAGUGCGUGGUUGAUGGAAUGCACUAUGCUGACCAUGAGCAGUGGCAAGAGAGUCCAUGCCGCACCUGCAUGUGUCAGGGUGGCCAGGUGAAGUGCUCCACCAGGAGGUGUGAGGCAGUCAGCUGCGGGGAUGGAGAGCAGGAGACCAUUUCAUCUGGGGAGUGUUGUCCAAGAUGUGUGGGAAUCAAAGCUGUCUGUGUCCACGGUGGUGAAAUCCACUACAGCGGUGAUGCAUGGAACACAUCGCGCUGUGGAUACUGCCAGUGUACUGAAGGCAGUACCAAUUGUUACACAGCGGUGUGUGAUAGGGUCGUUUGUACAAAGGGUCAAGUUGAGAAGAUUUUCCCAGGGAGUUGUUGCCCUGUUUGUAUUCCAGUUCCUGUGUGUAUUGAUGGUGCUCAAACUUACCAGAAUGGCACGAGUUGGAUGCCCACCCCAUGUCAGAUCUGUGAAUGUCACAUGGGGGAUAUUGUCUGCUAUGCCAAGCCAUGUUUAGUCUGUGCCAAAAACACUGCCAAUUCUGAUGCUGCGGACUGCUGCCAUCAGUGCUAUUCAGAUCACAUCGACCCAGGAGGGAAGGUAUUGCCCAACUCUCCUUUAGCCAACAUGACAAUCCACUUAGUGAAGAACGACAUAUUAUACGUCACACAAGGAGAGAGUAGUGUAAUCUCAUCAGAUACGGGUUUAUCAUUAGAUGCUGAUGAAUUUAUAAAGAUCAGAAUAUUGAGUGGGCCAAAGUACGGUAAGAUCCAGAAUGCAGACCAUGACAUCAAAUCCUUCCGAACGAUGGAUCUCAAAUUAGGACAGCUGAAAUACGUCCACGGAGGCGACAAAACAAAGACAGACAUCGUCGUUUUCCAGGCUCACGACGGAUGGCAGACUCUUACGAUACCAGUCAUGGUCCAGAUCGAAGCAAAGGAGAGUAAAACACCUGUCCUCGUGAAUAAUAACGCUUUGAAUUUGGAUAUUAGGCAGCGGAAGAAGAUUCUACCCGCAGACCUCUGGGCACGGUCGAAGACGAGGCCCGAUGCAGAACUAGUCAUUACUCUCACACCCUCUCGUAAUAAUCCACUACAUGGUCUGAUCUUGAUGGUUGUACGUAAGCCAAGUGGUCAGGUCCUGCGUGGUUGGAAGGAUGAAGGAGAUGGGACGAUGUCGGCACCGAUGCCCAGAUUUCGACAGGGUAACAUUCAGGAAGGCCACAUCUGGUAUCAACAUAAUGGUGGACAAGACAAAGAGGACUCGUUUACAUUUGAGAUAUCUGACAACUAUGACCCUCCUAAUGUUUUGCGUGAUCAGACAUUCAGCAUCUUCAUCAACAACAAACCUCAGAGGGAUGCUACUCCAUCCAUCCCUACUCUGGCUCCAGGAAUCAAUCUUGCAAUGACUGUUUUGGAGAAUCAGCUUGUGCCCAUCACCAACUCGGAUCUUGCCUUCAUGGACCAUGACACAACCGAUGAAGAGCUACGCUACAAUAUUCUGGAACCUCUUGGCCACGACGACGGAACAAUCGAACACAUUGACACACCGUUUACGGCAGUCUACAGAUUCUCACAAGAUGAUAUCAACAAAAAUAAAAUAAUUUACCGACCGCCUCAAAAGGAAAUUGGUCCUGUGCAGAAGAAGGUGUCAUUUAAGUUUGUCGUGAUUGAUGGAGAAACAGGUGAAUCCCUCCCAGAACAGACAUUUACCAUCACGAUCGAACCCGUCGAUAACCGCCCUCCAAUCCCCGCCAACCCAGCUCCAGUCCUCGAAGUCCCCCAGCGUUCCACCGUGCCAAUCACAAGUGCCUUGAAAGUCUCGGAUCCUGACACCAGCGUGGACCAUAUCAUGUUCUCGUUGCAAAUUCCUCCAAGUCACGGCUUCCUUCUCAAGCUGAUUGAUGGUAUGCAGGCAGAGUUGAGAAAAGAUGAUGCAUUCACCUACGAAGAGGUCCUGAAAGACGCCUUCUUCUAUGAACACUCGAGUAAGACAGGCAUUGACCAAGACUCGUUCACAGUCAUCAUCACCGACGGCCAGCACAAUGUUCCGUUGACAGUCACUGUCGAAGUGCUUCAGGUGGAUGAGGCUGCUCCAUUCAUCCUGCCAGAGGCUUCUAUGUCUGUUACAUUGCCAGAAGGUGGCUUUGCAGUGAUAGGGAGAGAGCACUUGGCGUUCGGUGAUACAGAUGCUCCCGAUAGCCAGAUACAGAUUCGGCUAGGAAAAAGUCCUGUCCAUGGUCGACUCAGCUACCGGGAUAGACUGACAUUCUUGGAGGCGGGGGAUGUUUUCACUCAGGCAAAUAUUAAUAGUGGCUACCUUAGGUAUGAAGCAGAGCAAGAGAUUGGUAGUCAGACUCUCACAGACAUCCUCUACCUCAACGUUACCGACCCUGCCGCAAAUCUCCUCCCUAACCAAGUGUUCUCAGUGGUUGUGACUCCUCUGAACAACCAGCCACCCACAGUCACAACAGGGGAUACACUAACAGUUGAUGAAGCGGGCAAACGACAGUUGACCAUCAGCGAUAUCUCUGUGACUGAUGUUGAUACGUCAAGGGAUCAACUCUUAGUAGUGGUCAACACUGUACCUACAUUUGGGGUCAUCAUCAACACAAAAAGAGCGCCUGGUUCCCAAGACUUGCAGAGUAAGGUUGUGACAGCUUUCACGAUCCGUGACCUCCUAGAGGGCUGCAUCUAUUACUUCCAAGACAACCACCUGAACAAGGAGCCAGUAGAAGAUGGAUUCCUCUUCUAUGUAACGGAUGGAGCUAAUCAGUCUCCGUUGCAAAGGUUCAAUAUCACUAUUCAGCUCACUAAUGAUGAACCCCCAAUGUUGAUAACUGAGGAGAUCAACUGCGAAGAAGGUCAAUGGACCUUGGUGACAAAUGCCUCCAUCUUCGUCUCAGAUAUUGACACACCUGCGUCAGACUUGUUCCUCCUGAUUGAAUACCCGCCCAAACAUGGCAAACUUCGCAGGAGGAACAUCAUGAAUAGCCCAUUUGCUGGAUACAUCUUGGAGCAAGGGACAAGGUUUGCGUAUGAGGAUAUUUUGAAUGAGUUGAUUGUGUACACCCAUGAUGGUGAGGAGGUCACCAUGGACGACAUGACUCUAACGGCCACUGACGGUAGACACAAGGACACCAAGAAAGUCCUCAUUCUCAUUGGUUUAGUCGAUGAUGAGACACCAAGGGUUAACAUUAAUCGAGGCUUGCAAGUCCGCAUGUACUCCACUACCACACUGCGACCACGGGAACUGUCAGCUACUGACGUUGACUCCGACGACACUAAACUCGCCUUCACCAUCACCGCUGUCCCGAUGAUCGGCAAACUAAUGAAAUCACGCCGCGACAUGCUGUGGGAGGAGGUCAGAGUCGGCGAUGUCUUUCAACAGCCAGAAAUUGAAGAAGGACACCUUCGGUACAUCCACGAGCGCAAGGACUCUGCGGGAAUGACACUGUUCAAGUUCAAUGUGGCCGACACUGACAACAACAUUCUGAUCGAUCAGUCAUUUAUCAUUACUAUCUUGGAGGACAAAGUUCCACCUAAGAUUUUAGCCAAUCUUCCUCUGACUCUAAAGGAAGGCAGCAAAGAAAUGAUCUCAACCGAGUUCCUAUCUGCAACUGAUGUUGACUCUGAACCCUCAAAGUUACUCUAUAUUGUGGAUACCCCUCCCACUUAUGGACACUUAGAACUUAUCGACCAACAAGGGGUUCCUUUGUCCGAAUUCACACAGGGUGACCUGGCUGCUUCAUCUGUGUUCUAUGUCCACACCAGCGAACUGGAAGAAUUCAUGGACGAGUUUAUCUUUUCGGUGACAGACGGAACAAAUUCAAUCACCCAGGCAUUCAUGAUCAACAUCACCCCAGUGGACGAUUCUAUUCCUGUGGUAACCGUAAAGGGUUUGAAGGUGCAGGAGGGUGUCAGGAGGACCAUCACCGAGUUUGACCUCAAAGCCAUCGAUCUCGAUACACCUGAACAGCGAGUACUGUUCACAGUUGCCGAAGCCCCUGUACAUGGCAGACUCGAACUUCUCUCAGGGUCUACCUACACCCCAGGAAACCAAUUCACCAUGGAGAACGUCUUCAACGGUCUUCUCAGCUACAAUCACGAUGGGACAGAAUCUACAGUGGACAGCUUCACGUUCAUCGUCUCUGACGGAGUUCACCAGCAAUUCAUGGUCUCCGGCAAAAAUGGAUUCUACGUCAUCGGGGAACCUUUGCAGUUUCCGAUUGAGAUCACGCCCCUCGAUGAUGGUACUCCAAUCAUCGUUACGAAUAUUGGUGUCGGUUAUUUGACCUAUAAUGAUGGCCGGCCGUCAAAUACCAUACGGAGGAGUGAGUUGGAAGCGGCGGACAUCGACACUGCUGAUCAUGAUCUUGUCUUUGAGGUGACCACUCAACCUUUGUAUGGCCAGCUGGAGAAUGCUACAAACCCGGGGGUGCCAGUAACAGAGUUUACUCAAGCGGACAUCAACAAAGGAUACAUCCAGUACAUCUUGACCAAUGACACGUACGCAACCCAGGAUUGUUUCAUAUUCGACCUAAUGGACACCAAACCUAACACCCUGUCGGGCAUUACCUUCUACAUCAGAUGGUCAUUGGUCAGUUUCCAGUUCCCUUCAGUAAACGUCUCUGAGAUUCAGAGACUUGUGCAGGUGCCGGUUGUUAGGACAGGAAAUCUUAAACAGUAUUCCGUGGUGACAUGCCGUACAAAAAUGGGCAAGGCGAGGACAGGUGGCCAACGACGAGGUCAGAAUGACUACGUCCACUACGAGGGGCAAAUUCAGUUCGACGAAUGGCAAGACAUGAAGAUAUGCAGCAUACAAGUCAACGAUGACGCCAUUUUCGAAGAGCCAGAAAAUUUCUUCAUGGAGCUGAUCCAACCGGUGUAUACCCUGAUUGCUCAACCGCAGAAGGUUGAAAUAAACAUCCAUGACUUUGAGGACGAGCCCGAGAUUCAGUUUAAGGAUCCUGUCUACUUUACCAAUGAGACUGACAGAUUCUUUCGUGCUACAGUGCAAAGAGUUGGUGACAUCAGCACAGUAGUGUCGGCUAUUUGCUACACCAAUUCCUCCACAGCGACAGGGAGCAGUUACAACGGUCUGGAGUCUGGCUCAGAUUAUCAGACACGCCCUAACACCGCCUACAGUCGUAUCAUCUUCCCUCAAGGGGUUACCGAGUCUACUUGUGAAAUUAAGAUAAUUGAUGAUAGCUUGUAUGAAGGUAAUGAGGAAUUUGCAAUACAUCUGACAGAUCCUAGUAUUAUGUCGGCGAUCGGACCUAGACAUUCAGCAACUGUUGUUAUACAAGGACCUAAUGAUCAGUCCUUCAUUUCUCUGUCUCAAGAUGAGUACUUCAUCCCCGAAGACAGUGGCGUUGUGGAAUUCCCUGUGUUGCGAGCAGGCUCUGAUCUCUCCCACGAGUCGACUGUCUGGUGCGGCACCCGCGAGCUAGAACCACUGUCCGCAACCCCUGGACAAGAUUUCAUUCCGACUUCGCAUCAGAUCAUAUUCGCACCUGGUCAAGUUGAGGCAGCUUGCCCAGUGACAAUCCUUGAUGAUGAUGCUUCAACCAGGCUUGAGUAUAAUGAAACAUUCAGCAUCUAUAUCAGUGCGCCUUCCCAUUCCGUCUUGGUAGAGCCGACGAAUGCUCUCGUCACCAUAGGAGAUGAAAAACUGGACAUGCCCGUUAUCCAGUUUGAAAUAGCCGAAUACAAGGUUACAGAGACGGCAAAGAAGGUUGAGGUUUCCAUGGUGCGCACUGGUGACCUGAGUUACGAAGUAUCAGCGAUCUGUUACACCCGCCAACAUUCUGCUCAAGUUAUGAUGGAUUAUGAUGAACGAUUGAAUCUUGAUUCAUCGAGAAUCACAUUCCUUCCUGGAGAAAGGAGCAAGAUAUGUACAGUUGGCAUUGUCGAUGAUCAUAUCUAUGAACCAGAGGAGUUGUUUCAUCUGAAGUUAGGCAGUCCCCUCGGCUCGCAGUCCUGUCCUGUCCUCGUUGGGAAACUCGACACAGUAGCCAUCACCAUAACCAAUCAGGAAGAUGCUCCGACAAUUUCCUUCACCAAACCGCUAUACAUGGUUCGAGAGCCUGAAGGAAGUGACCAAGUGACGACGGUCGUGGUAGAGAUUGUCCGAGGCGGCGAUGUCAAUCAGUCAUGUUCGGUCCGUACAAGUACGAGGGAUGGAUCAGCAGUGUCUGGCUUAGAUUAUAGUGCCAGUAGCAAGAUCCUAGUUUUCGCUCCAGGUGAAACAAGCAAGGAAUUCUCCGUGGACGUUCUGCACAAUGCCAUGGCAGAAUGGCAUGAAACGUUCAUGGUCGUCCUUGAGGAGUUGGUCGAUGCAAAAUUUGGUGACCUCUCCAUGACAACAAUUACAAUCAUCGAUCAGGAAGUCUCAGGAGGAGUGAUUUUACCAGCACCACCAGUGGUUGUGUCGCUGUUGGACUAUGAUGACGUCAAAACUGGAACUGAGAAGGAACCCACUCCUGGAUACCCACUUGUUUGUGUCAGCCCAUGUGAUAGCCAUCAUCCCGCCUUCCUCAUCACCUCACCACUGUGUCUGGAGUCGAAGAUCAACGAGUCGCUCAUCCGCUAUGAGUGGGAGGUCACCACGCAGCCGGAGAUCACUGGUGCCUAUCAUCCAUUCCACACCCUCACUGACAACACCAUAUUCACCAACGUCCAUUCCCGGGUCCUGGACAGCAUAUACUUCCGGCCAGGAUUCACUGUCCGCUGUUCAGCGCAACCGAUGGAUCCGGACGGUACUUUAGGCGUGCCGUUAAAAAGUAACAUGGCAAAUGUCGGAUUUUCAAACGGCAUUUGUAGAUCGCCGAUUAUUUCUGGUAAAACUCAUGGAUACCAGGGACAGUCGUUUGUGACCAGUAUGAAAUAUGUCGGCCCCGAGGAUGAUGUGAACCCAAAUAGAAUGCACAUCAAGAUCGAGAUACCUCAUCAAGAUGGGAUGCUGCCGCUCAUCUCGACUCUUCCUCUUCAUAAUCUACGCAUCCUGCUGACGAGCCCGAUAUAUCACCGCCAACACGUCUGCUCCAACUUCAUCGACCGUGACAUCAGGUUGACGGCGUUAGAUUAUGGCUUCCUCAACCCGGACCCCAGCAACUAUUUACCCUAUGGACCAGGUUAUAACCGUCCGUACCAGUUCGAUGCAGAUCUACGCGGUCCUACAACCAUUAAUCUAUACAAACAUUUGAAUCUAAAAAGUUGCACAUGGACGUUUGAAGCUUGGUAUCACAUGACUGAAUUGAUUGACGUCUGCGGUGGAUCUGUCAUAUCAGAUUUCGAAGUGCGUGAAAAUGCGAAAACUUUCUUAACCAUUCGUGUACCGCUCUACGUGUCCUACAUCUAUGCUUCAUCUCCUAUUGGAUGGGCCUCACUGGAGCAUAAGACCGAUAUGGAGCUGUCUUUCCUCUAUAGUACUGUGCUGUGGCGAACUGGCAUGGAAACUGACGGAGAUUUGAGCGGGAGGUUGCAGGUCCUACGAAUCUCGGCCAAUAAGCUUGGAAGGCUCGUGGUCGACUUUAAAACUGAGACAAAGUUUAGAGGUCAGUUUGUCUUAUUCCACAAUGCCAUGACGGGAGUAAGAAGUCGGUUCCUUGCCCCACCAGCUCUGCCCCUGACAUUUGACAUGACCCUGCUGUGGAGUCAACAGUCCUUCGACGGACCGUACCAGUUGUGGAGAGCUACUAGUGACUAUAACAUGAAGGACUAUUCUGGUAUCUAUAAAAUCACGCUCCUCCCCUGUACAGUACCACCGACACAGGUAUACACGACAUCAACUGAGGUUAAUCUGCAUUGUACACCUCAUGCACUUCAAGAGUUCAGUGUGCCGAUCUCCUAUCAGCAGACCCUGCGGCCUGUCCCUGUCACCUACUCCCUCGAUACCGAGUUCCAGCUCCACAACAAUGAGAAGAUCUUUCUGAUGAACCCCAAGUCCAAGACUCUGGCUCUUGAGGAGAUGGAUUAUUCGGGGAAGUUUGCCGAGGGUCAGACAGUCUUUGGGCGAGUUCUCUGGCAUCCAAAUCAAGAUCUUGAAAAAGCUUACAAACUAAGGAUUGAGAAGGUUUUCUUAUGUACCGGCCGUGAAGGCUAUGUGCCAACCUAUGACCCCUCUGGUGAACUAUACAAGGAAGGGCCACAGUAUGGGUGUAUUCAACCUAACAGCAACCUAAGAUACAGAUUUCUAAUAAUCGAUCGAGGUGAUCCACAUGUUGCAGACGUAUCGUUUGCUAAUGUCCAGUUUGAUGCCAAACUCGUCUUUCAAAUUCCCGAGUUUUCCAUCGUAGAAGAAAUGCCUGGGGUAGAUGGGUUUACCUUUAAGGCUGAUCCUCUUUAUAAGGUGGAAUCGGGCAACCAGUGGUUCAUCCAGGUCAUAUACCAAAUAGGAUCAGCACAGAGACUAAAUCGCUACCAGAGAAGUUUAGAUCGGUCCAAACGGGCAUCAGACGAUCCAGGAGGAAGGGACAAAUUCCUUCGAAAUGGAACAAAUAUAAAAAUGAUAUCACUCUUUUCUGACAAGACCAGAACUUUUACAGAUAACCAGGUACCUCAAUUCGGUAAUUGGGGUGUCUAUGUGGCGAUAAUUCUCGUCAUGGUUGUGCUAGGUAUCGGCUCUGCUGGACUCGUUUUCUUUAUAAGGAAAAAGCGGAGACGUAGACGAUUCAGUGUGGAGACGAAAGUUGUGAAUAAUGACUUAUCCCUUGGGAAAAUGGGGAAAUACAGUAACGUUGAUAUAUAUGCAUCAUUAAAAAAGGAUAUACGCACAAAAACAAUUAAUUAUAGUUCGCUAAGUUUACAAAAUAUCGCCCAAAAAGUUAACGAUAAAGGUUUGCGCAGCUUGAACUGCAGUAGGGAGGACUAUUUGGAUGAAGAGGAUUCCGAGGCAGAAGUAUGAGAGGAUAAUUUAUUGCUAUAGAAAUAGCUUGUUGUCUUUCAUAUUUUGUUAUGUAACCAUGAUAAAUGGAGGUGCUUGAAUAAAUGCAGAGUAAGGGUGUGCUGUUUUGCAGUCAUUUUGGAGAGAAAAAUAUCAUGCAUUGUUAUGAUGUACUGCAGAACCUCUCUAUUGAGGACACUCAGAACUGACAUGUGCUGUCCUAAUUGAAAGGUGUGAAUGGAAACAACCAAUUUGGGACCAAUACCAGAGUCCUUGAUAGAGAGAUUGUCCUUAAUAAAGAGGUGACAGAUAGGGGAGGUUCCACUGUAGUUGAGUCCUGGUCAAUUCUGUGAUCAUACAGUACAAUGAUGGAAAUUAUUAUUUUUCUUCUCUAAGUCUAAGUAAGUGCAAAAUGGCCGGAAAGUACAUUACUUAUUCAGCUUCCCACCAUGCAUGUAUAUGUAAUGCUACUGUAAUGUAAAUGGAGGUGCUUUAUAACAUGUGUAAUGCAGAACCAAGAAGAGUGUGUUAUUUUAUACAGCUUCCUGCUUCAAGGAUGAUGGAUAACUUCCUAUUGCCAUAACAUUGAAUGUCAAACAUGUCGACUUCUUCAAUCGGUUUAUGAAAGUUUGAUUCUAUACGAAUUGUCUGUGUUUUACAUAUACAUAAAUUUUGGUUGGGAAAGAGGUUGAAUGAGUUGUCAAGUUUUGACGACAAUGUGCGCAUGUAAGUGUAACAUUAAUAUAUACCGUGUACAUGUAUGUUCAUCAGUAUUUGUGUACACGUUCGUUCAAGGGUUGACAGUGAUGCAUGCAUUGAUACAUGACACGCGUGCGUAUAGCGUGAGAAAUUAGUGUCUUUUCACAAUUAUUGCUGACAAAACAAAUCUCAGGGAAAUUGUCUCCAUGUGUUCAAGGUGAGAUGGAGAUUGGAGAGUAAUGUAGAGGGUAAGGAUGGGGACUUUGUCUGUGUUUUAUAAAUGUUUACAUACCGCAAGUGAACAUUUUGAACUCAAACAUUAGAUAGCGGCUGCUGGUGUGAAGCAGACAGGACAUACAUUCAGAACAUUUAUGUCCUUACUGCUAUUUUCUACAUUUUAUGGGCUAUUUAUACUGGGCUAUAUUAGUGAAACACUUUACCUUUACGGGUAUGAAAAUAUUAAGAUGAAAACUCCUGGUGCAUUAAGUGAUUCAGCAAUCAGCAGUUGUCUUAACUGUUGGUGAUGGAUUGGUGAUGCUAAUAAGACAUAGAAGUCACCUUUGGUGAUGAAUUUAGAUAUGGGAUUUCAGAGUCAGUAGAACAAAUUCAGGUGUUGAUAAAGUUAUAUAAUAAGCAUACAUAAGAUGCAUAUAUUUAGUCUUCCCUUGUACGGUGUUCAUAUUUUAUCAAGUUCUAACUUUGCCAUUUGACACCUCUGGAUAUUUCUGGAGGUAUCCCUGUACAUAUUACUCUGUACAAUGUAUAUUUCAUACAAUUCAAAAAUACUGCAUGUCCACGAUAUUUUGUAGACAUUUUGCAUUAGCCUGUGUAUAAGCCUACUUAAACCCAAAAAUUAAAAUUCCAAGUAAAUCUACUUCAGAUCCAAAUAAGUGAUAUAGCACUACUUAUCUGAACAAUUAAUUGUCCCUAAUAUGAAAUGAACUCAAAUCCAAAAUGUAACUUUUAAUGAUCUGGGCUUUUUAAAAACAACUUUUGCUAUUUUGGAUCACAAAAGAAUUAUUUAAUGAAGAUACUCAAUUUCCAAUUAGGAGGAUUUUAAAGGGUUAAUGCAUGCAUAUUGAAUUUGACUCCUAGAGUAUUAUGAGAGAACUGUAAUUAUUCGACCGUAUUUUAUGUUUAGACGCAAAUCAAUCACAGCUUCUUUGUAUAUAAUGUAACUUGACCUAUGUUUUUUGUUGAUAAACAUUUUCUAUUUAAGUCGAAUAAACUUUUAUACUUUA